AUGAAUCGGCGGCGGCAGUCGGGCCUCAUCGGUGAGAGAGAGAUCGCUCUGAUUGGCUGUGUUUCAACCCGGCUGACCCAAAAGACAACGUGGGGCGAUGCAGAGGCGAGAAGACGCCGUGCGACUACACUUCCUGGGUGCUGUUCUCGGAUACGAGUGCUGUACUACUACUUCUUCCCGACGUUCAGAGAUUUAUUCUUUGAGCAGAAAGAGAUCACACCAUUCAGCAGAUAUGCUGAACGCAACAUCCUCAGUCAGGAGUUUCACCUCGUAGCUCCGGACCAUCUGAAGUACAAUCAGCCCAGCAUCGUCAGCGGUCGGACCGACGUGGUGACGGUGACACCCUGGCUGGCUCCUGUCGUCUGGGAAGGAACCUUUGACCCGGUUUUGUUCGACAGCAUCUACAAACAGAAGAACAUCACCAUUGCAGCCACUGUGUUUGCUGUAGGAAAGUACAUCAUGUUCCUGAAAGAAUUCCUGGAGACUGCAGAGAAGCACUUCUUCGUUGGUUUCAGGGUGCAUGUUUUUGUAUUCACCGACCGGCCGAAUGAGCUGCCCCAAGUCAAGAUGGCCGCUGGCAGACAGCUGACGGCGUACCCGGUGCCCAGCUCCAAACGUUGGCAGGAGAUCUCAGCUCGCAGGAUGGAGUUCAUCCAGGAACUGAUAGAGAAGGAACUUCAUAAAUACGCUGACUACAUCUUCUGUCUGGACGUCGACUCCAGGUUCCACAGCCGCUGGGGAACGGAGUCUCUGGGCGGACUGGUCGCUGUGGUCCAUCCAGGUUACUACAGAGCUGACCGAAGCGAGUUUCCUUACGAGCGGAGGCCAGAAUCCAGAGCCUAUGUGGCUCCUGGGGAGGGAGACUUCUACUACUGUGGGGGGGCGUUUGGAGGCCUCUUGCAGGAAGUACACCAGCUCGCCAAAACCUGCCAUAGUAACUUCAAGGCUGACGCCACGGAUGGCAUCGAGGCUGCCUGGCAGGAGGAGAGUCACCUGAACAGGUACAUGUGGAUCAACAAGCCCAGUAAGGUUCUGUCACCCGAGUACCUCUGGCAGGAUUUCAAAAACAUAAACCCAGAAGUUAAGAUCAUCAGAUUCUCUGGUGUCAUCAAGAACUACGCUGCAAUCCGACCCAAUGUAUGAGAGUCCAGUCUGGACUAGGCUGACCUCGACUGGACUAGAAGAGGGUGAAAGGGAAGACCUGCAACACCUGUUAUACCUUUGGAACUGGGCCACACCUGUCUCUCAUACUCAAGGCUUACACAUGGUCCACCUCUUCACCUUAUUUAUAAAUGUGGGUCCUCAGCUCGAGUGCUCACAGACCAGACCCUGCAGGUUUAGGACAGGUUCUCACGACUUCACCCAGUUUUAAGGUUUUGUUUAAUAAAACAUAAAGACAUUUUAAAUUAUAAAGCUUUGGUGAUGGUGCUGGAUAAGACUUGAGGGUCACCUUGUCAAAGCUGCUGCUCACUACAUUUUAUUAAAAUUGAAAUGGGAGCUUGUUAUACAGCUUGUUCCAGAACAGUAAGACAACCAAUCAGUGACAUCUGUGGGGUCUGUAGUAAAACCAACAAAAACAGGGCUAAUACAGCCUUAUAACUGAUAAAUAACACUGAUCAAUAAGUAAAGUUUACCAAGGAUUAAAGUUGCAUUAACUAACCUCUCCCUCUAAUUUUCUACCAUUAAUAUACAUGAUUUUUGUUUUGCUUAGUUAGUGAUUUAAAUUAUGUUUAAAAGCAUCAUAAUAAAUAAAUAAAAAAUAACUAAAAUAAUUGGUGCAGAAGCAGAGCAAAGUAGUUCUGUCUAAAUUACAUCAAAUGUAAACUUUUAACCACGUUACCGUGCCUUUGUUGGAGGUGCAAUGAGCUAAUGUUGGUUAGCUAACACUAGAAAGUCACUUUCUGCUUUUCCCGUGUAGGGGUCCCCACAGCGAAUCGUCACACUGACGACUCGC